AGGGCACCUCAGCCCCAGCUGCCCUGACCACCAGCCCCGUAGGGCAAGAGGACUGGCCACCAAGGGUGAGAGGUGUGUGGGGGCUGGCCCCCCGAGCCGCCAUCCUGGUCCUGGUUCCUACCGCGGUCCCGCUGGCUGGCUGGGACACUGAGCGGAUGUCUGCAUGGCUGCCCUGCUGAUGCCCCGCAGGAGCAAGGGGAUGCGGACGCGCCUGGGCUGCCUGUCCCACAAGUCCGACUCCUGCAGUGACUUCACAGCCAUCCUCCCCGACAAGCCCAGCCGUGCGCUCAAGAGACUCUCCACGGAAGAGGCGGCACGGUGGGCGGACUCCUUCGACGUGCUUUUGGCCCACAAGUACGGCGUGGCAGCCUUCCGAGCCUUCCUUAAGACUGAGUUCAGUGAGGAGAACCUAGAGUUCUGGCUGGCCUGCGAGGACUUCAAGAGGACCCGGUCAGCGGCCAAGCUGGCGUCCAGGGCGCACCGCAUCUUCGAGGAGUUUGUGGAUGUGCAGGCUCCACGGGAGGUGAACAUCGACUUCCAGACCCGAGAGGCCACGAGGAAGAACAUGGAGGAGCCCUCUCUGAGCUGCUUUGACCAAGCCCAGGGCAAGGUGCACAGCCUCAUGGAGAAGGACUCAUACCCCCGAUUCCUGAGGUCCAAAAUGUACUUGGAUUUGCUGUCCCAGAGCCAGAGGAGGCUCAGCUAGGCCGGCACUCCCUGCCCCAUGCAGAUGGCUGAGGUCCUGCGGGGGGUCCCCAGGGUGGGUGAGGAGGGCAUGGGAGCCCUGCAGUGCUUCCCCUGGCCCCUGCUCUAGGUCCUGACCAAGGGGAGGCCGAUUCACUCCCAGGUCCAGCCGACUUGUAAAUAGCACAGGACGACGCCCACUG